UUUUUUUUUUUUCUGUCUUAGAAAUGAACAUCACAUCUCCUUGUUUUCCUCUUUUCCACAACAGAAGAUGCCAUAGCAAACUGAUACAGUGAAUUAACAAACUUCCCGGAUUCUUGCAUUUAAAAGAGUGAAAACCACAAUUAUUUUCUCUGUGUUUUGGUUGGUUGGUUGGUGGUUUUUUUGGUCGGUUUUUUCUGGUCCUUCCCCCAUCUGCAGACCCGGGAGGAGAGAGCAGGGCGGGCUCCUGCAGACGGCCCUUGCCGGAGCUCUGUGGGUGCAGCUCAGUUCCCCACGUGUGGGGACGGGAGAGGGAAUCUCCCAGAGCACCUUCUGUGUCAGCACCGCUCCCGAUUGAUAGUGAGAGGCCAGAAAAACCAAAUUUUUUGACGGGUGUGUGUCUGAGGACCGCGGCCCGGCGUCCUCACGGCGGGAGGGGCGCGGGGCGCUGCCCUCAGGGCCGCCUCAGCGGGCGGGGCCGCACCCGCGGGGCUCGGCUGGAACGAGCGGCUCUGCCCCGGCCCCGGGCCGCUGCCGGGCCCUCCUGCCCCGCUGCCCCAUGGCCCUGUUCGUGUUCUGCAACUCCUGCCUGGGCGAGCCCCGCAACCCCACGCUGCGGUUCUGCCUCACCAGCUGCGGCCACGUUUUCUGUGAGGUUUGCUUGAAGAAAGGCAAAAAAGAUGAAUGUUUGGUCUGUAGAAGUGCUUGUCGUACCUUAGUCCUUUCAAAAGAGACAAGUCCUGAUAUUCAAUCACUGUUCAUGCCAGUGGAUAUGUUAUGCAAGAAAUAUUCAAAAGAAAUAUCACAGGUUUCAGAAUUUCAAGAAAAAUAUCGUAAGCGUUUAUUAAAGUACCACAAACAAAAGAUAGCAAAGCUGGAAGAGUCUCUCAAGAAAGUAACACAACAAAUUCAGCAGAUGCAAUGUAUGAAACCUCCUGAAAAAACAACUCCUCUGCCGUUUUCCAAAACUACUCCUCUGCCAUUUUCCAGUGCAAGCAGAAAUCCUUUUUCCAUUCCUUCAAGAAAACAGAAUGCUUAUUCUUCAUAUUCUCUUCAUUCCAGUCGACCUUCCACUUCAGAAACGAUGGAGGCAAUGGAGGUUGAUCCUGUACCCUCACCAAUGAGGAAACUGGAGACACCAACUGGUCCAACAAGAUUGUCAGUAAUAACUCCACCACAGGAUGGACGUAUGGGCAGCGUAUCCUACAGAGGUUCUCAGACAGCUGUAAUAAUGCCAAGGCAGAAUACUGCAGGAGGAUCUACAAGAUCCACCCCUGUCACGUUACCACAUCGUGUGUGUCCAUCAUCAUCUGGAUCCCAGAGCAGUCAAAGGAGCUCGUGGGCUAACUCAGAUUUCAGAACUCCUCAGCUCUAUCCCUUUAUAUCACCUUCCCCACAGCUGUCUGUGUCAAGGCAGCCAAUCACCAUCCCUGGACUUCUGCAAAGACAACAAGGAUCAGCUAAUUUAGGAGGACAUUCAGCAGAGAGAUGAGCAAACAUCUGUGAAUUGUUUUGGUUAAGAAGCUUCUGGAGAAGCACUGCGUAGUCCCUGGAUAUCAAAGUAUUUGUAACUUCCAUGAUAUGUCAAAUUGGCAUAAACCAGCAAAUUCCUGGGUGUGAAUACUGUAUUUUAAACAUCACUGGUCUUUCAGAUUAACAUCUAUUGAAGUUGUGGAUGGGAGUACAAAAUUUUCUUGUUUUUCAAAAUUCUGGCUUCAAAUAUAUAGCAUAAAUAAAAGUCCUUUAUUACCUAAGUGUUAAGGCAAAACAUGAGUAUUUGUUGAAGGAGCAUUUUUUGCUGUGAGUGCAAUGAGCUGCAGAAUAAAUAAUUGUGCCCACACAGUAUUACAAAUGGACUACAGUCUCAAAAAAAAGAAAUUUAUGUAUGGAUUUUUGAUUACAGAAUUCCAAAGUUUGGUUCUUACUCAAUGCAUCUCCUUUUGUUUGCACUCUUGAAAAAGAGUGAAGUUUUGAGGGAUAUUACAUUCCAGCAGGCUCUGCUGAGCUCAGAACGCAGUAUCUGUUCCACACUUGUGAAAGUUCAUUUCAUUUCUUCCCAAAAUGGAAUGAAAUGUGGGAACUGGGAUGAAGAGACAAAACACAGCAAAGACUACUUUUACUUUUGCUCAGAAAUAGCAACUGGAGGCUCUGAAUGAAGAGUGCCAGAAUGCACCCUGUUCCUUCUGAGAACAACUCUGAAAUUCCUAUUCCCACCAUCACUGUGUAUGUGGCAAAAUUUUGGUAUGACUGAGUCAUCAAAUGCCUUUGUUUUGCUUUGGCCUUAACUUCACCUGGACUAUUUUAAGUAUAAUAAAAGUAAAAGCUGGUAUAAUUUUUUUGAGAUAAAGUUCCCUGAAUAUAUGAUAAAUUCCUUUGGAGUUGAAAUGUUUUCACAUCACAAGUGGAUGGCAGACAGAAAACUUAAUGAAAGAUUCAGGAGUUGAGAUGAGAACUGGAAGAGGUCAUUCACCAAAUGACGUCAUGGGCAAACCAGACUCAACCAGGAUAUUAAUUAAUUUUAUUACUAAGAAAAUCACAGCAGGAUAAUGAGAAGUCAAAUCUUAAAAAAACCUGCUCCCCCUCCCUCCUUUCCAGCUCUACCUGGUCCCCUAGAAGUGCAUGGAGACAGAGAAAGGGAGUUGCAAUCAGUUCAUGUUUUCUUCCACUGCUCGGAGAGAUGAGUCCUUGCCCUGCUCUAGCCUGGGGAUUUUCAGCUUAUUUGUCUUAUUUUAAUGUAUAGCUGCCUUUACUUUUUUCUUUUUUUGCUAUGAGGAAGUUGGUGGGUUUUCUCCUCCUCAGUAUUUUUAUACUUCAGAGUUUAGCUGGGAUCUCAAAGUCAACUUCCUUCUAAGCAAACUUGCAGUCAAAGGAUUUAAUUUUUCAGUGCCACAGACAUGUUCAAAUAAAGGUGUGUAGUGUAACUCUUAAUGAAUUGUAGUUGUAACUGUCCUUUAGUUCUGGAUGAGCUUCAGUAGCUUGAAAAGUGAGGCUGGUAAAACCUGAUGGCCAGCUUUGAUAUUAUUUGUGCCCCAGUGGUUUUCUUUGUUUGGAUCCCAAGAAGGGAUUCUCUCUAAUCUCUGUUUCCUCACACUGCAGUUGGCAUCCAAGUCCAUGAAGUUAUACUGUAGCUUUUAUAAUUGCUGGAAGUUGCAUUCUCCAGUCAGGUAGAAUGCUUUGGUAUUAUUGGUUUUGUUUCUCUUUCACCCCACUCCACAAGCCCUCAUCACUUGCAGAGUUGAGCUUCAAGCAGCUGAAGAUUUGUGUCUAUAAAUGGGCCCUGUCUGAAAGAAUUUGUGUAGAAAAGAGUCAUACAUGCUACACCUACAACAGUAACAAUAACAAAGAAUCACCCUGUCAUUCAGAGAUGUGAAUAAAUACUCACAGAGAACGAGGGAUUUCUGUUUCCUGCUCACCACAGUGGUUUCCACUCAGAUUCAGUAACAAUCUCUGUGGUUCAGGUCAUCAUCAGUUUACCUUCUCUGUGGUGCAAGCUGGACACAGGCACACUGUGUUUUGAAGCUGUAGGCUGAGAAGAGAACCUGGGACAUCACAUCAAUAAAGUAUGAAAUGGAUAUUUAUAUUAUUUUAUUGCUGCUUUGAACUACUUAGUAGUGUCUUGUAGUAUCUUCUGCUUAACAUGUAUUACCUAAUCUAUUUGAGCCCACAGUCUAAUCCCAAAGAAAAAAAAUCCAGCAACCUCAUCUUCAGAAAUAUUACAGCUUUGAAAUACACUUUGAAGAGAAACAAUGUCAUUUGAGAAAGCAAGCAAAGACACUGGAGCUAUCCAUGCUGAGGAGAAACACUUUUGAAUGACAUCCUCUUGCU